GUAAGCGUACAAUUUCUCAUGCACGUUGUACAAGCACUACAUGCAGUAUUUGCCUUCAGAAGAAAGCAACUGUUCUCGAUCUUCUUUCUCUUUUCUUCGACCUUUACCCAUUCUCUCCAAAUAUAUAAUACAUUCUACAUCUAUUUCUACACUUAUAUAUAACACUUUACCAAAUUUCUCCUCCAUUCCAGGGCUUUUACGGUUGAUUGAGCAAAUUUGAGAAAUUUGGAGGGGUAUUUAAGGAAUGGAAGCAUCAUCGUCAUCGCCGGAGUUUGAUUACUUGUUCAAGCUGUUGUUGAUUGGGGAUUCAGGUGUAGGGAAGAGUAGUUUGCUCCUCAGUUUCACUUCUGAUGCCUUUGAGGAUCUUUCUCCAACCAUUGGUGUGGACUUCAAGGUAAAACAUGUUACCCUUGGGGGGAAGAAGUUGAAACUUGCAAUAUGGGAUACAGCUGGACAGGAAAGAUUUAGGACGUUAACUAGUUCAUACUACCGAGGUGCUCAAGGAAUAAUCAUGGUUUAUGAUGUAACAAGGCGAGACACAUUUACUAAUUUAUCUGAUAUAUGGGCCAAAGAAAUUGACCUAUACUCAACAAAUCAAGACUGCAUCAAGAUGCUUGUUGGCAACAAAGUUGAUAAGGAGAGUGAAAGGGUUGUCAGCAAAAAAGAGGGAAUUGAUUUUGCCAGGCAAUAUGGAUGUCUUUUUAUUGAAUGUAGUGCAAAGACAAGGGUUAAUGUGGAACAAUGCUUUGAGGAGCUUGUGCUUAAGAUAGUGGACACUCCAAGUCUGUUGGCUGAAGGUUCAGCUGGUGUCAGGAAAAAUAUAUUUAAACAGAAACCUCCAGAAACUGAUGCAUCAACAAGUGGCUGCUGUUGAGAUGACUGUUUUCCUUGAUUGCUUCAUGCUUUCACAUCUUUGGUUUCCUUUUCGUUGUAAAAGAAGAUGAUGUAAUUACUUGGAGGUGGCAAACUGUGUUUCUGUUCUUCACGCUAGUAGUUCUUCUAUCUGAAUAGUCUUCUGUUGUCCUCGUCUUUAAUUUGAUAUGUGAAGAAGAUGAAGUGAAAAAUUGAAGUUUCCAGAAUGACUGUGAUAAUGAAGCUCUUUAACUUUUUUAA